CCGAUGGCGGCGACGGCGGCGCAGCAGAAGACGGCGGCGGUGGAGCAGGAGGAGGUGGAGCACGGGCCCUUCCCCAUCGAGCAUCUCCAGGCAUCUGGAAUAGCUGCAUUAGAUGUCAAAAAGCUCAAAGAUGCUGGUCUCCACACAGUGGAGUCUGUGGCUUACACUCCAAGGAAAGAUCUUUUGCAAAUCAAAGGAAUCAGUGAGGCCAAAGUUGACAAGAUAAUUGAAGCAGCAUCGAAGCUUGUUCCACUGGGAUUUACAAGUGCCAGCCAACUACAUGCACAGAGGCUAGAGAUCAUUCAAGUUACAACUGGAUCAAGAGAGCUUGAUAAGAUAUUGGAGGGGGGAAUAGAAACAGGAUCUAUCACAGAGUUAUAUGGUGAGUUCCGCUCAGGAAAGACUCAGUUGUGCCACACCCUAUGUGUUACAUGUCAGCUUCCAUUGGACCAAGGUGGUGGUGAAGGAAAGGCUCUGUACAUUGAUGCAGAGGGGACAUUCAGACCACAGAGGCUCCUCCAGAUAGCAGACAGGUUUGGAUUAAAUGGUGCUGAUGUAUUAGAGAAUGUGGCUUAUGCAAGAGCUUAUAAUACUGAUCAUCAGUCCAGACUUUUGCUGGAGGCAGCUUCCAUGAUGAUAGAGACCAGGUUUGCUCUCAUGAUUGUAGACAGUGCCACAGCUCUGUACAGAACUGAUUUCUCAGGUAGAGGGGAGCUAUCAGCAAGGCAAAUGCAUAUGGCUAAGUUUCUGAGGAGCCUCCAGAAGUUAGCAGACGAGUUUGGAGUUGCUGUGGUUAUCACCAAUCAAGUAGUGGCACAAGUGGAUGGGUCUGCGAUGUUUGCUGGGCCACAGGUCAAGCCUAUCGGCGGGAACAUCAUGGCACAUGCUUCCACAACAAGGCUUGCUCUUCGCAAGGGAAGAGGAGAGGAGCGAAUCUGUAAAGUAAUAAGCUCCCCUUGCCUGGCUGAAGCCGAAGCAAGGUUUCAGUUGUCUUCGGAAGGCGUCGGGGAUGUGAAGGACUGAUAUGGUCUCUGGGUACAUCAUUUUCAGAUCCGUUGCUGCGUGUGCUGAUUGCUUGGUCACCAUCCUAUUUGCUCCUCCUUUUUUGUUUCCAUAGAUUGGGGGAUGCACACAUAUGUGAGGUUGUAGAGUGUGGCUGUUGUAUAGAAGAGGGCUGUUUCUCGCGUUUGCAUGUAUGUAAUGUAACGCAUGCUACAAAUAUUGAAUCAAUUCUAUAGUUGAUUUGCAUU